GAAUAAAGCAAUUUGAUUAGAAAAGGAAGCAAUGGAACACUUUAUUGGAAGAAACGCAUUGCUUUGGCAAAAGCUUGCCGUGACCGUGGAGAGUGAUACUACAGUGGAAGAGCUCCAGCAUGCUCUGAAGAGUGGUGCCACAUUUUUACACAUUCGUUGCGGUAAUUACACGCCACCGGAAUGCAUCACGAUACUUGAGCGAUGCAACGAAGCGAUCGAUGCGUACACCAAGCUGUGCUACCCGUGGAAGAUGGCCACUGGAAUUAUGUGUGAGCUCAGUGGACCCCAACCACGUGUACGGUGGUUUACAGUCGGCAAAGCGGAUGUCCGUGUAACUGAAGAACAAAUAAUUACACUAACGGGUGAUACACGGUAUGAUAGUCAAUGUUUUGAUGAGGUAAAGUAUGUGACAAACUUCGAGCAGCUAACCGGCUCAAGCGUUGGAGACGUGUUAUCGAUUGGUUCGGUGAAGCUGACGGUGGAAAGAAUUGUGGUUAAUUUUUUAACAUGCAAAGUAACGGAAGGAGGAUUGCUGAAGCCGUUUAGUAUCGUUACACGUGCACCCAAUGCCGGUAACACAGAAGACGAUGGGGAGUUGAAUCUUUCUUCAAGCCUCACUGAACUGGAGUGUGUUACGAAAAACGGGUGUAAAUUUGUUAUAGUUCCAGAAAUGAAUGUAAAAACAUUGCGCAAAUUAUUAGAAUUGUUUAAAGGCAGCGAUCUCUAUAAGGACCUUCAAAUCAUACUACGGGCAGAUGAUUCUUCAGCAUUUAAACUCUUGAGCGAGCUGGAAGAAUCAUUUAAUUCAUACCUUACGAAGAAUAUCGAACUAUUGGAGCACAUGAAAGCUUCCGGUAAACCUGUUUUGUUUCAUUUGGACAAGGAAGAAACACCACCACCGAUCGAAGCGGCCGAUGUGAUAAUAGUUAACGGCAAGGAGCUUGCACGCGUACAAGACUUCCUAAGGGAUGUGAACCGAUUGCAGCUAGAAAGAAACCAACAGCCACUCCGAACCAUCUCACCGGACGAUAGCGCACUGCCGUACUGUUUAGAUUUUUCCUCCAAGGAAGCGAACGCGAGUGCAAUCAUUUUGCCGGCUACAAGCCCAAAGCUUGCCAAUGAAAUCUGCUCAAUUAACCCGCUUUGUAACAUCCUAGUAAUCACAAAUUCCGACCAGGAGCUGAACACACUUUUGCUGCGAAAGUACGUAGUGCCGAUUCUCGAACUGGCCGCUUCUACCAUUCCACAGCAACGGCUUAUUCGCCGCGCAAUUGCGUACGGCAGACGGUUCGGUUAUUUACACGCUGGUAACUGUAUCGUGAGCGGAGCGGAGUUAGAAUCGGACACGGAUGUGGUUGGCAUGGAAGUGCGCUAUGUACCGCAGGUGCCAGAAGCUCUGCAGUCGGAAUCGACCGUCUGAACGGU